AUGUCCGCAGAAUAUGUGAAGAACAAUGAAAAAUAUGCGAAGGAGCAGCAUAAAUCUCCAUUACCCGUUACACCGACCAAGAAAAUCCUCAUCCUCACCUGCAUGGAUGCUCGAAUCGACGUCUUUUCUGCCUUAGGACUCGAACAAGGCGAAGCGCAUAUCGUUCGUAAUGGAGGAGGUCGUGUACAGGACGCCAUCCGUAGCAUAGUUGUCUCCCAAAGGCUCCUCGGUACCCGUGAAGUUUUGAUAAUCCACCACACGGACUGUGGUUUUACCAAGUUCACCACGGAUCAUCUAAUAGAUAUCCUCGGAAAGGAGGUCGACGAAGCGGGUAGGAAAGAGUUGGAUAAGAUCGGCAAUUUUGGAGAGAUAAGGUCUGAGGAGUUGGAGGAAAGUGUGAAGGAGGAUGUUAGGUUGUUGAAGGCGCAUCCUUUGGUGUUGAAGGACACGAAAGUGUCUGGGUGGAUUUUCCGUGUUGAAGAUGGGAAGUUGGUUUACAAUAUUCUUCAAUACAUUCAUAUUUACAACGCCAUAAGAAUGGCUCGCUUUCCUGUCUCAUCAGAAAUGAUGGUGACGGAGAUUCGCUGA